AUGGCGUAUAAUAAUUCGAUGACAACCUGGUCAGAAUUAUCACAUCAAUUUGAUAUUGAAACAAUGAAACAGUAUGAUAGUUACAAUACAAUUAAUAAUAGUGAUAAUAAUAAUAAUAAGUCAGAUCCUUAUCCAUUGUUUCCAUCCAAUUCUUUUAGACCAAAUAAAAACUCUUAUGAAAACAAUAAUAUUGAGAAUAAACUGGAACAGUAUACAAAAUAUGAUGUAUUAACACCGGAUAAAUUAUUAUUGAAAAGUGAUCAUUAUAGAAACAAUCAUUUUAAACAUCUUUCAAUGAAUCAGUCUGUAUCGAAUUUGACUAUUCCUAAAUUUAUUAAUUAUGAUAAACUGAUUAAUGAUAAACAGAUAGAUGAUGAACAAAGACUAUCGUCUGGCUCAAAUGAUAUAAAUGCACCAAAAGAUUUACGAAUACGUAAACAAUCACGUUCAAAUUCAAAUCCUAUGCGUUACAAUAAACAUAAAUUAAAACAAUCUUAUCUUAAAAAAGAAACUAAUAAAAAUACUACUGGAUUUUCAAAUAAUGUAAUAACAAUUCAUAAUACUAAUAUGAAUAGUCAUUGUAAGAUUCCUUCUGAUAUUCAUUUAAGAAACAACUUUGAUAGUAAAAACAUGGAUCCAUCAUCUAAUAAUAAUAAUAAUAGUAGCAAUAAUAAUGGUAAUCAAUUAUUUAAUCCAUCAUAUAAUCCACUAUUAUCAAAUUCUUAUAUUAAACAACAACCAUAUCCUAUAUUUCCACUUAACAAUAAUACUACUGAAAUAGAUAAUCUAAUCAAUUUACCAAAUUCACAAAAUAAUCAUUUUAAUCAAAUUCUUUCACAAGCACAAUUAUCAUCAUCAUCGUUAUCACAAUUUCAUCAAUAUUGGUUACAAAUGAUCAAUACACCAACAUUAUCAUCUGUAGCCACAACAACAACAACAACUGCAACAGCAACAACAUCUUCAUUCACUGUAACUACACAAGAUAUAACACCACCACAAACUUUAAUGACAUCAAAAAUGUUACCAUAUAAUUUUAUUCCAAAUGAAUUACAAACUUUAAGUUCAUUAUUUUAUCAAACUAUUAAACAAUUACAAAUGAAUCAUAAUUUACCUGUAAAUAUUUCUUUAUUUAAUCAAAAUCAUUUUAAUCAGAUAUAUACAACAAUAAUCAAUGAGAAUAUAUCAUUAAUCAAUCAACAACAAUUAGAUAAUCAUUUUAAUAAUCAUCAUAAUGAUGAUAAACAAUUAAAUAAUUUCAUUAUUACAUAA